CGAGAGCCCAUAGACAGGGCUGCAAACUGACUAAGAAACAAACUAGCAAAUAAAUUCUUAGGAAAAACUACAAAGAAUGGGAGGAAAGGCAGCAAAACCAUCCCAGGAAUUGGAAAAAGAAUGGAGAAACUUUGACUGGGGACAGAAAGAAGAGCUGAAGAAGCGUCUAGAAAAGUUCUCUGUGAGUCAUCCGAAUGUAAAGUGCAUCAAGAUCCUGGUAGCUGGACAAAUCGGUGCAGGGAAGUCCAGCUUUAUUAAUUCUGUCAACAGUACCUUCCAAGGACGAAUCACAAGUGCAGCAGUGGUUGACUCGAGUGGUGUCUGCAGUCACAGUUUUACACAACAACUAAAAGCACACCAAGUCAGAAGUGUGAAAGGUGAUCUGCCUUUUUACUUGACUGACAUCAUGGGUUUAGAACCUGAAGCAUUGGCUGGGAGUCAGCCGGAGGAUGUCAUCAAAACAAUAUAUGGACAUGUGAAGGAUGAAUACAAAUUCAAACCAGAGGACCCAAUCAAUGACAAGAGUCAAGAUUACAUCAGUGACCCUUCACUCUCUGAUAAGGCUUUCUGCAUGGUUUAUGUUGUGGCUGCGGAUACAGUCCAAUACAUGAAUGAACAAUUGAAUGAAAAACUGAAAAUAAUCCGUCAUCGUAUCAGAGAUAGCAGGAUCCCUCAAGUGAUUAUCAUGACUAAAGUGGAUGAAGUAUGUCCACUGGUGAAAGAAGACAUAAGGAAGAUAUACAUCAGCAAGAAGAUCAAAGAGAAGAUGCAGUUGUGCAGUGAUAACAUUGGGGUUCCCAUGUGUUCCAUCUUCCCAGUCAAGAACUACUGCGAUGAGAUCAACACAGAUGAUAAUGUCGAUGUUCUCAUUUUAAAAGCAUUUGAUCAAAUUGUAAACCUUGCUAAUGAUAGACUGAGAGAAUCUGCUUCUAAAUGAUGAAAAGUGUGUGUGGAGAGAAUAUUAUUAGUUUGGCUCAGCUGUGAUAACAAAUCAUUACACUUUUUAACUACAUACAGUUGAAGUCAGAAUUACC